UGUCGCUAUAGACAUACAUAGUGCAGGUAGUCGAUACAGUAUUAAUAGAAAAUGAUAACUUUUGAAUACGGUGCUAACCUAGGGAUCUCUAGGUUACAUACCUAGGUAUGCAAGACUUUUGGCCCGGGCCUUCGUAAUUGCCUUAUUAUUCUUAUUCGUCCCUAUACCCCCCUAGCCCCCCCCCUUUUUAUAAUCUCUAGAAGACAAAAAUCUCAAAAAGAGAAACGAUGGCUGAUGGCGUUGUUGAGACUGAUACGACCAGAACUGAGGCGACUAAUGCUCCUGCUGUAGCAGAGAUGGCAGGAGAGAAAUCACCACCCCGUGCCGAAUCGCAAAAUUCGACGCCACAGUUGACCGAGACCGAGGCCCAAGAGUCUUCUCCGCCGGUUUUUAAGCCUAGUUUUCGAGUGUAUGCCAUCAUCGCCGGGCUAGGCAUCACAAAUCUACUAGCAGCACUAGAAAACACGGUUGUUUCGAUCGCGGCGCCUGUGCUCCUGACGGACCUAAAGCUCGGUGACAACUUCAUCUGGGUCAUCAACGCCUUCUUUCUUUCUAGCACCGCAACCCAGCCCUUAUUCGGCCAAUUCUGCAAUGUCUUCGGUCGAAGAUAUGUCAUGCUCACGGUCGUCGCCAUAUUUAUGCUCGGCAGCGGCAUCUGCGGAGGGGCCAUGACAGGCGGUAUGUUAAUCGCGGGGCGAGCUGUCCAGGGCGUCGGCUCAGGUGGUAUCAUCAUGGUGUCGAGCAUCAUCAUCAGCGACCUGGUGCCGCUUCGCCAGAGAGGCUACUUCUCGGCUAUUCUUAUGUCAAUCUUCGGCAUCGGCUCCGCGCUGGGCCCCUUUAUUGGCGGCGCCAUCGUUUCUUCAACGACGUGGCGUUGGAUUUUCUACAUGAACCUACCAAUCGGCAGUGCAGCAUUUGCUGUACUCUUCGUAUUCUUACGUGUCAGCUACAAUAAAGAAAUGUCGUUUUGGCAGAAACUAAAGCGUAUAGAUCUAGUUGGUAAUUGUAUACUUGUAGCCAGUACGGUGUCUGUCCUAUAUGCCCUGAGCUACGCAGGCACGCGAUAUCUUUGGCAGUCAUGGCACACACUCGUUCCGCUCCUCGUAGGCUUUCUAGGCCUAUUUAUCUUCACGUUGUUCCAAGCCUUUGGUCUUUCAGCCGAACCCCUCAUGCCGCCACGCUUUUUUCGAACACCCACCUCGGUCAUCCUAGCCAUUAACACAUUCCUCUACUCGGGCCUACUUUACUGGUGCAUAUUCUUCUUGCCCGUCUUCUUCCAAGGCGUUCUGCUUUACUCACCGCGUCGAUCUGGCGUUGCCAUGCUCCCCAUUUCGCUUCUUGGUGUGCCUGGUUCUAUAUUAGGUGCCAUUGCACUCGCCCGCUGGGGCCGCUAUAAGCCGAUUCAUAUAGUCGCGUUCGCCAUCCAAACCCUCGGACUCGGCCUAUUUACGCUGCAGCGGGAAGAGACAACUAUUGCUCAAUGGGCUAUAUUUCAGUGCAUCGUCUCUUUUGGUGGAGGUAUGGUAUUUACAACGAUGCUGCCGGCCUUCCAGGCGUUUAUUCACGAGCGUGAUCUGGCAGCCUGCACAGCGACCUGGUAUUUUAUCCGCCUGUUUGGCCAUGUUUGGGGAGUAGCGAUUCCAGCCGCCAUUUUCAAUGACCAUGUAAACGAGUUGUUGGCUCAGGGAGCUAUUUCCAACCCCCAGGUGGCCCAGAUCAUCGGAGCCGGAAGCGCGUACCAGGAGGCAUCAGCUGACUUCGUUCAUCAGUUUCCGUCGGAACUGCAAACCGAACUCCGCGCUGUUUACAGACAGGCGAUUCAGCGUGUCUUCCAAAUUGCCAUUGUAUUUGCUGGAGUUGCGUUGCUAUUGACUCUGUUUGAGAAGGAGGUAGAGCUGCGCAAGACACUUGAGACCGAAUUCGGUCUGGAGGAGAGAAAAGACAAGAAAGCCGGUGCUGAACAAGAUACCGAGAGGGGCGGCCAGAUAAAGCAGACGUUGUCAUAGGGCAGAGAGAUCUGGUUAUCGAACCAGUAAGACCAUCUCCAAGGAGGAAUUUUCACUUAAACUCGUUGUUUCUGCUGCAUAAAACUGCCUGACUUCUUGUAUUAGUCCUUGUCGAAGUGAAAACGAAACUACAAAUGCGAUUCCAUUUUGCCUAACCUAGUGCAUUUUGAGGUAAUAUGUCGUUAUUAGUAGACUGUAGACUACUUAAGGCAACUAAUAUAAGAGAUUGCCAAUGAAUUAAACUAGCCGUAGGGC